CACAGUACAUGAGUAUGUGUAAGUCGUUAUUGGAUACCAGUGGACAGCAGCUAGGACAGCAGCUAGAAGAACUACGUUUGGGGACUUGAACAUUGUGGAUCCUUCAAAUGAGAAAAAAUAAUCGAUAUGACACAUACACUGAGCGACUUGAAUCAUACACAGGAUGGCCACGACAGUACACUGAGCAGACGCCCGAGAGUUUAGCUACAGCCGGGUUCUUCUACAUCGGUUCUGCGGACAGAGUGACCUGCUUCUCGUGCCACGAGACCGUGAGGAACUGGAAGCCUGGACAAGACCCUCUGACCGUGCACAGGCAGGCGUCUCCGAGCUGUAGUUUCAUCAGGUCGCUUUAUUCGGAGAAGAAGGACGAGGAGGACGAUUCGCUUAAACUUGUAGCUGGUGGUGGAGACGUGGGGGAGGUAGAUCGCGACUCUAGUCCUCUGCACGUGUUGGCUGUUGGUGAUCUAGACUACCCCAUGAAGAUGGUUAAGUCUUUGUAUCAGGGAAACGUAGAAGGAGCUAUUUGCCGCGAUGUGGAGGGUAUUAUUGCAUAUAUGAGCCAGCACAGUUUUUGUGAGAAGCAAACUGCAGUAACAACAGCAAAGAACACAUCAUCAUCACCAACACCACCAGUACUAACAACAACAACAACAACAACAACACAAAUUAAAACAUCAAAAGGUAAGUUGUCUACUAAUAAGUCGAAGAUUUUGAAAAAGGUAGAUGGUAAGACAAACGGAGAAGCCGGACGCUCUAAGAGUUUUAAACAAGAAAACGACGCUUCUAACACCAAGGAGGGAACUGAAAACAGUAAGAGUCAAUGGACACAAUCAUCGGGGAAUACAAAAGAAAAGCAAGAAGCUGGCUCGAAGAAAGAUUUAGCUUCGCGACUUAAGAAAGAGAACAUGACGUUAAAAAAACAACGACUGUGUAAAGUUUGUUAUAAAAAUGAAGCCAAUGUUUUGCUGAUGCCUUGCUCGCAUAUCGUUUUUUGUUCCGAAUGUGUGGAUAGUAAUACGAGUUGUGCAAAAUGUGAAGUGAAAAUUAUUGCAACUGCAAAAGUGUUUUUGUCUUAAAUAUAAGCUAUAACUACAUAGUUGUUGGAAUGCAUACUAACCAACGUACCAAGCGCUUUCGAUAUAUUAAGACGGAAGGUGGGGUAGAACCUAGAACUUUGGCCAGGGACGUCUGUGGAAAUGACACCAGACGUGCAUCGAUAUGUGCAUCGACUAUUGUGCAUCGACUAAGGUCUUAUUUUGGAUGAACUCCGGAUUUUUUCCACGACACAGGAACAGCAGUUACCAAGUUAAUGGUGAACAUUUCACAAUUUAGUAAGACCAUUCUCCAUUCUAAGAGUCUCUAAGCAGGAGUCGCUGAUUGAUCGUCGUCUGUAGGACCUAUUUAUAUAUUUGCUAAAUUUAAUUUUUCUAAAAUACAAUUUGAACACUAAAGGAUAAUUUUACUGCGAGUAUGGAGUAAUGUGCCCUGUUGUAUGCCCCAUCUCUCCUCAUCUUAGUUUGACCAUGUUGCAAGUUCAACUUGAUUGUGCCAGUAUAAUUAUAAUAAUUUUUUUCUUGUUCUUUUUUGAAUAAGCAUAUAUUUUUGUUAACUGCCUUUUAUUAUAUAAUACCCAAAUCACUUUCUUGGGUUUUGUUUUUUGUUUAGA